CCUGGCAAGGAGAGAUGGGAAGGGGCCAGAGGAGGGGCGCCAUUCAGGUGGAUGAGACCCCUGCAUUGAGGGGAAACUGAGGCAAACUUGGGAGGGGGUAUUUGUAGUGACUGAGUAUCAAGUGGCCUUUGUGAGGUACAGGUACCCCUUCUCCCCAGUGAUCUGGAACCAAGCAAGAGAGAAACCCCUAAUCCCUGCAGGCCUUGGACACCAGCUCUGGUAUCAACCCUCAGUCCUCCACCCCCGCUCCCUGCUUGCCAGGGUGGCAGCCCAUCCAAGGCCAGGGUUGCCUGCCCACCUGCUGACCUGAGAACAGCCCAAGUAGGUGCCACUGCUGCUGGCCCUGCAGUGCUCCAACCUCAACCAGUGCAGCAUGCUGGGCACCAGACUCCUGCUGCUGGCUCUGCUCCCAGGGACCUCCCCCUUGCCCAGUGGGCCGAUUGCGCCCCCGUUCCCCGGGGGACCUGGCCCCUGGCUGCGCAGGCCCCUUUUCAGUCUGGAGCUGUCUGACGCCGAGGACGCCUUCCCGCGCCGCGCGGGGCCGCUCGAGGUCCCGGCAGAUAGCCGCGUGUUCGUGCAGGCGGCCCUGGCCCGACCCUCCCCGCGCUGGGGCCUGUCCCUGCACCGCUGCUCAGUAACGCCGUCCUCACGUCCGGCCUCCGGGCCUGCUCUGGUGCUGAUAAGCGGGGGCUGCCCUGCUGACGCCUCGGUAGCCUUCCCGCCACCGUCGCACCCCGAUGCGACCCGCCCCGCACGCUUCAGCUUCCGGCUGCGCCCAGUGUUCAACGCCUCGGUGCAGUUCUUGCAUUGCCAGCUGAGCCGCUGCCGCCGCCUCCAGGGAGUCCGCCGGACGCGGGAGGCUCUGACCUCGCCGCCGAAACUGCGGUGUCUGCCCCAGGAUGAGGCGUGCGCGGGCGUUGGCAGCGCCAGCGGCGAGAGCCUGGGCGCCGACAGCCCCCACCUGCACACGCUGACGCAGCCUAUCGUGGUCACAGUGCCGCGGCCGCCCCCCAGGCCGCACAAGAGCCUCCCGGGCAGGGCCGUGCUCCCCCAGCCGCCCGCGCCGGCCCCGGGGGCCCUGGAGCCCGCGCCGGUGGUGGCGCUGGUGUUGGCGGCCUUCGUGCUGGGCGCCGCCCUGGCCGCCGGGCUGGGCCUCGUCUGCGCACACUCAGGUACUCCCAGCCUAUUCCCCACGUCCAGCCCUGGGAGGCCUCAGGCUUCUAGAUCUGCCUCCGCUAGGCCCCAAGCUCCCCCCAGGGGGCGCUCUUCCCCUGGCUCAGGAGCCUCUUCUUCCAGCGCCUCCACUCCCAAGCCAGCCAACUAGAGCUUCGCCCAGUGGCCCUCAGCCCCGGAGGCCCCAGUGAGGCAGGAGAUUCCCUUCGGCUCGCCAAGGUGAAGCCACGCCCCCAUCUGCGCCCUUCCCGACGCGGGGCUUUCUGGUCUCAGCGGCUUCCGUAGUCCCGCCCUCCGGGCAAGCGGUCCUAGAGCGCCGGCGCCUCUCAGUAGC